GGCGUCAUUGCCAAUUUCAUCAACAUCAUCGUCUAUUUAAAACUUGGACUAAAAGACAGCAUUAGCAUCUGCUUCUUUGUGCUGUCGUGCACGGACCUGGCGUGUGUGCUGUUGCAUGUAUUUGCCAACGCCCCGACGAGUUUAUCAGGACAUUUUCUGGAACGAUGGAACACCGACGGCGGAAAGGUAUCAUUCGUCAUAGCCGCUUACUACGGCCCCUUCUACGACAUCUCGCAAGGGAUCACUACGUUUAUCGCCGUCCAGAAAUGCUGGUGUGUCGCGCUGCCUUGCUUCAAAAACACGUUUACAAGGACGCGUACGGUUUGUAUCGUAUCUUGUAUUUCGUUGGCGCUGUUCUCUUUGCACAUGCCGAUUCUGACAACCCAAGGUUUGGCGGGAAUGUUCGACCCGGUCAGGAAUAGAACAAUACAGCAGUUAUGGAUGCUCGAAAUUAGUGGGAAGCUGUACUCUGCCGUAGGUCUCAUAUCUUUAGUGUUUACCAACACCUGUCAAAUGAUUGUCAUUUUCUGUCUGAUUGUUCUCGCUUCAAGCUUACGAGCGUCAUCAAAGUUCAGGAGGGCGACUAAAAUAGCCAGCACC